UCUGUGUACGUUACUAACACGAAAAUUUAAUGCAAAAGAAAGCCUUUCAUGGUAAUUUGACCACGGUCCGAUUCGAAGCCACAAUAACGCGAGUUGCAUUGCGUUUGCAACUAUCGAACGGGUAUUAUACAUUCGCUAGAAAUAUACACAUAAAUAAAAACUUUACAGUGGGCUGUUUUUUUUACGGUAUAAUAAUCAUCUGCGUACAUAACAGCAAACGCUUGCACGUAAGAUAUUUCGCAAAAAACUGUUUUUCUAGGUGGUACUUAUUGGUUGUGGUGUUUGGGAAGAGUCAGUGCAUGUGAAAUGUGAUAUGGUAUCGGUUGAUACUUCUGUCAGUAAUGCAAAUCACCAAAACUGUCACGAUAUGGCUCCAAUUCUUGUAUAUUUACUUUUACCAGUGGCCGGACUGAUUAUAGUGUGGCUGAGAAAGGAUUGGAUUACCAAAUCUUUUGUACGUUUCGAUGGAUUUUAUUUUCCGAUUUGUGUCAACACUUUUGUAAAAGAAAAACUGCUACUAAGCUGGGCACGAAAAAGACUUCCGUCGCACUGGUCAACAAAGUCAAAUACCCUCGCAGAUGGUAUUUCCGAUUUUUGGAAGGAUGGUUCACUUCUAUGCACUCUAAUAAACUCCGCUGUACCAGGAGCAUGUCCUAACCCCUAUAGACAUUGGAGGAAACCCCCAGAGCAUGCUCAGGAAGUUGCCUUUAAAUAUUUAGGGGUGAAUCCGAUAUUCAAUAAUUUGGAGCUGACUUCUUCUGUGUCCCUAUAUAUCGAUGCAAAAUUACUUAAAUAUCUCAACAAUAUACGCAAAUCCAUUUACGAUUUGGAGAAAGAAAGAUCGGCUUGCAGCUUGAUUUCAUCAGAAUUUUUAGCUCGGGGAAUGGGACUUUAUACAGCAGAACAAUUUAAAUCCUCUGAAUUUUUCAUUUAUUCCAGAAAUAAACAUGGCAAUUUUUUGAAUAUUGAAAUAUUAAUUUUUGGGCCAUAUUGUAGCUGCAUUAAAACGACUGUCUCAGAUUAUAUCGAUAAAAAAGUUGACAAGAAUAGAAAUGUGUCUAAAAAUAUUAACAUAGCAAUUGAAAUCGAAAAAGACAGACUAAAAAUUUGCUAUUCAUCGAAUAAUACUGGUAUGCACGUGAUCAUAUUGAGUUGUAAUCAGGAGAGUAUUAGAGGCAGUCCGUUUUAUAUUAAUGUUGAAAAAUAUGAGAAAAAUUUAUUUGAAAAAGAAAUUUCUCUGGAAAACUUUGAAGCAGAAACUAAAGCAGAUGUGAAAGUUCUCCAAAACUACACAGAUAACAAAAUUACUAAAAAUAACGAGAUUGAUACAGAAAAUCAAAAAUAUAUUUCACUAAAUCAGAAUGCAACUAAAAAUAAUAAGCAAAACGUGAACAUUCGAAACAUUUCUCAAAGUUAUAAAGAGAAUAUGUUUAACGAAACCAUAAAAGUAAAUAAAAUAAGUAACAAAAUUAGUGACAAUAACGUUGUAACAAAAAUUAACAAUCAAACUAAAAGUGAAGUAUUGGGAAUCAGCAAGUAUUUGAAAAACUUAAGCAACAGGCAUGAAAAAGAGGUGAAUAUCAAUAGAAAUAUAGCUACAAACAUAGCGAAAGAAAAUUAUUCAGAUUUUCAGAAGCUUGUAGAUAGCUCGUAUAGAAAAAACUGUAGAAUUACUAGGUCUCAUCCUAGAUUAGGCCAGAUAAAAUUCGCUCAAUUUUCUUAUGCUUCUCCAGUAUGUAGUGAGCAUAUUGCCCCAGAAGAUAUUAGAAAAUUAUCUGUAGAUUCUAAGAGAAAGAUGUUUUCUCAGAAAAAGUCAGAAGCGAUAGAUUCCGGUGAUACGCCCAUAAACUCUCAAUUUUCUAUAGACGAAAAUAAAACGGAAGAGUUAAAUAGAGAAUCUCCAAAACUUGAACAUAAUGAAAAACCUAUAAAAAAUGAUGAGGUUUUAAGUAAUUUAAAUGAGUUUAAAAAACAAAGAAAAAGCUUACAAAAAAUCGUCAAUGAAAAAAGACUAUUUUGGGAAUCAGCUUUUAAUGAAAGUAACAAUAAAAUACAACCUAAUUUAACAGGGGAUGUAGAAUCUCUCAAAACAUUUGACAAAACCUUGAGUAGAGACCUAAAAAGAAACAAUAAUAAAUACGUAAAAUCCUUAGAUAAGCUAAGAAAGCGAGUAGUUUCUCAGUCUCUCCACGAUUUACGUACUAGCGAGCAAAUAAGAGUUUUGCGACCCUUCAGAUCAUUGGAUAAUAGUUUGGAUAUAUGUUGCGAAAUAAGUCUAGGAGACAGAACAAAAUCGUAUUUCGAAAAUGUCAAAUUUGCAACAGGCACAAGUGCAAAUAAGAUGAUUCUUUCAAGAAAAUAUGGGAAGAAAGAAAAAUUAUUAGAUGACUUGCCCACUACAUCAAGCUGUGAAGCCUUACUUUAUAAAAAACCUAGGUCUGAUCUUACACCAAAAAUAUCAUUUAGGAAAGCAGUUGAGUAUUUUAGAAACUUAGAAGUAGGAAAAAUAAAACCAACUUUACCAAAUAAACCUAAUAAUAUAAAUAGAAUUAGAAAUUUAGUUUUAAAUAGGUCUGAUAGAUCUUUUAUGCAAUGUAACGGAGAAAUGGAAUCUAGAAACUUGCAAAUGGAGAAAGGCGAAAAGAAACGGAAGCCAAUAAUGGAAGGCUUUGAUGUUUUGUAUUAAAGGACUUGUUGUUUUGUCAUUAUUUCUUACACGUAUUUGUUAUUUGCCUAAAAUCUCUUUCAAAAAUUAUACUUCACCUAUAGGUAUAAUAAACUUAUACAAUUAUCCUCAGAUGUAUAUGAAGUAGGUAAUUAUUCAGUAUUUGUUUACUAAUAUUUAGAGGAAAUAAAAUAUUGUUGAAAAUAAAAUAAAUUUGUUAAAAAUAGAAUCACAUCAUGCCAAGCUCAUAAUAUUAUUGCUGUUCCUAUCCGAAAUUAACCUUCAGGGUAAAUCUAAGACAAUUCUUUAUUGACCGUACAAUUAUAUUUUCGAUUCAGAAACUUGUAUUUUUAAAAAACAUUUAUUUUAUUAAUUAAAAUACAAUAGUGACAAUCGGAAAAUAUAUGGAUCAAAUUGCUACAGGGAGUGCCUGAAAACA